AUGCAGUUCACCCAACUCCUCGCCCUCGCGGCCGCCUCAUGUUUCAGCACCGUCUCCGCCGUGGGCGUGGUAGGCGCAGCCGAGGGUUUCGCUAAGGGCGUCACCGGCGGCGGGAGCGCGACACCCGUCUACCCGUCCACCACCGCCGAGCUCGUGUCCUACCUGGGCGACAGCUCCGCACGCGUCAUCGUUUUGACCAAGACGUUCGACUUCACCGGCACGGAGGGCACAGUGACCGGGUCGGGAUGCGCCCCGUGGGGUACGGCAUCGGGUUGCCAACUCGCCAUCAACCUGCAUGAUUGGUGUACGGACUACCAGCCUGACGCGCCGACGACCACGAUCACGUAUGACGCUGCGGGCGUCUUGGGCAUCACGGUGGGGAGCAACAAGUCGCUUAUUGGACAGGGAAGUGCUGGUAUUAUCAAGGGGAAGGGAUUACGCAUCGUCUCUGGAGCGUCCAACAUCAUCAUCCAAAACAUCCACAUCACGGACUUGAACCCGCAAUACGUCUGGGGUGGUGAUGCCAUCACCCUGGAUAACUCCGAUCUGGUCUGGAUUGAUCAUGUCAAGACCUCCCUCAUCGGACGCCAGCAUAUCGUCCUGGGCGAAGAUGCCUCCAACCGCGUCACCAUCUCCAACCACGAGCUUGACGGCUCGACCUCCUGGUCCGCCACCUGCGACGGACACCACUACUGGGGCCUCUACUUCACGGGCUCCAACGACCUGGUGACGCUCAAGGGCAACUACAUCCACCACACCUCGGGGCGCUCCCCCAAGGUCGGCGGCAACACGCUGCUGCACGCGGUCAACAACUACUUCUACAGCAGCUCCGAUCACAUGUUCGAGGUCGACUCGGGAGCCAUGAUUCUCGCCGAGGGCAACGUGUUCCAGAACGUGCCGACGCCCGUGCUCAGUCCUGUAUCUGGCAAGCUGUUCACGAGCCCCGACGCCACCACCAACGCGGCGUGCACGACCUACCUGGGCCGCGCGUGUCAGGUCAACGCCUUUGGCAGCUCCGGCAGCUUCAGCGGUACCGACACGAGCUUCUUCAGCAAUUUCCAGAACAAGAAUAUCGCGAGUGCCGACACGGCCGCGAACGCGAAUUCGAAUGUGGUUAAUAAUGCUGGGAUUGGCAAGAUCUGA